CCAGGUCCUCCUCUUUUUAGGCCUUUCGAGUGAACCUUGACCAGCUUCAAAAAGAACAAAAAAAUGGCAAUACCGUUACCGCCCGUGCUCGGGCUAAUGACGUGCUUGCUUCUUUUCGUCAACUUUUUUGUCUACAACGUUUACCGCGUUUUGUCGACUCCCAAAACCGAAAGCGUAAACAUGUCUCCGCUCACAAGUACACCACUCUUCCGAAACGGGGUUGCAACAACGUUAGCAUGGUGCUUCAUGCUGUACACAUUCUACUUCCUCCAGUCCGUUCUAGCAUUCGUCAGUUUCAGCCGACGCAGAGCAAAGAAGGGCGGUACUAGAUGAACCGAUUACAUUUUUGAUUAUGUAGGAUUUUGUCUAAGUCCGGUGUCUUAUUCACGUGACAUCCACCUUGCACUUUUCAGCGAGGCGAUUCGACAAAACGCGCUUCUAUGUAUCUAAAAGCCUGUUCCGAUUUCUGUCCCUGUCCGCCGAUCUUCUUGCCCCAUCACAUCAGGUGACGACUCCCAGAACAAGCUGUCAUUGUUUCAGGCCAAAUACACUGAUCGCGACCCAGAGGUUUUAGCCGCUGAUCGCACAGUUACAAACACUGUAGAACAGUCUCUGAUCUUCAUACCGAUUUUCUGGUUAUCGAUCGUAGUCGAAUUGAUGCCGCCGAUGGGGAACAAAGCACAUGUACAAGAACCAGGAUUAGUCGAGCAAUUCCUCCCAUUUCCACUGGAAGCUCUGCGAACCGACGCACUCGGCAUAGCGUGGAUUGCAUUUCGGAGUCUCUUCUUUUUCACUUAAGGGUCGGUGGGUCUAGGUUUCUGGCAUUUUUUCUGGUACGCUUACAGUUUUGUCGCUCCUAAAUUAGUACAAAAGGCAUAACUAGGACUAGCGGGGUAAACUUACUAACACCAAAACCGUGCCUCUAAUUCACUUUCCACGUCCUUCCGAAGGUUGUGCCUCGUGUAUGGGGUCUGCCGCUGCAUCUGUUCCUGUGCACAAUACCCGCAUAUACCUGCAUCUGGAUCAUGGCCACUAAGAUUGCGGUGGGGGUGCUUUUGUGAUUUUGAGUCUUGGGGGCGAACAUGUAUGUAGAGGGUAAUUGAUUCGAUUUUUACAACCUGUAAAUUCGAAUCAAUCACCCUUCACAUACAUGAUUGGCUAGCUAUGUGAAUUGUGAUUGGAUGCUCGCACUGCUAAGACUCGCAGCUAAAUCUGGAAUAUACAGAAGCGAACACCUUCAUUGUCCAAGGUGCGUUCACACCGGUGAAGGGUGAUUGAUUCGAUUGCCUAAUGUCACCGGCACCUCACCAAGAAACCUAACUUCUCUGGAAUAAGUAUACAGAAGUUGUCUACUCCACUACUCGAUCCGCAGGAUCGACAUCAAAAACUUGUUUUUACAACCUGUAGCGUCCGUUCAGUUAAAAGGCUCAUCCCCUGGCCGGCGAGAACCAC